AUAAUGUGUCAUUUCCACAUUUCGCCUUUAAUAUUAGGAACCCAUGAAGCACAAGAAUCAGAAGGAGGAGAAGCAGAUCUACACUUGCAAUUUCAAGGAUUGCGAAAAGAGUUCAAAUCACAACAAAUUUAUUUCAGCCCCAAGUUUCAGUCCGAGCGAUCUUCCCGAAAAUUGUCGUGAUGAAGAUUUAUUUGAUUUUAUCACAGCUACAGCUGACCUGACUGUGCGAGUUGCCGUACGAUGGACCAGCAAUGACAGGCCACGUUUUUGGCCAAAAAGCCAAACCAUGUCCAUAUUAUGAAAGGCGGGGAAUUGAUGUGUUGCGGCUAGGGUCCGGGAUUGUCACGAGCGUGAGUACCUUUGCAGAGAAGGACAACAUGGGAAACUGCAAUUGUGAGAAGUGUCGAUCAUCAGACACGCCAAACAAAGCCUUGGGUGCGGUGUGGAUGUGCACAGCAAGACAUGUUGUAUUUAAUGACGACGAAGCCAGGAAAACCACAUGCAGAGUAUUCUACGAUAAAGAAGACAGCCCUUUGGUAACUCUGGAUUCGUGGUCGGUUACAUGGCAAAAUACAGAGGAUGAUCGAAUCAAUCUGAAAUCUUUGACAUGUAACAAAGAUUUAUUGAAACAACUAACGCCAAUGGUCGAAACAUGGCAGGCAAAAUGGGAGAAGGUUAACAAGAGAUAUGAAAUGUCCAAAGCUUCUAAAAAAUGGAACUUCAUUGUAUCACACCCUCAUGGGUGUUCAAAGAAGAUCUCAGUGGGCAACUGGAUACAUAGACAGAUCUUAAGGCAAAAUGAUUUCAGAUCUCAAACACAGUUUACCUAUAACACAUGUACAUGCCCAGGCAGCAGUGGGGCUUUUGUCUAUUCACUCGGAUAUCAUGACAUCGGAUGGCUAUCUACCCGCGAAGUUCAUUGUGGUGUCAACGCGAAUGGAACAAAAUAAUAUAGCAGCGUUGCUGAAGAAUGGGGUACUGACGCAUAUGUAAAUGAGACACGGAGGAGAGCAGCCUAUUGUUACUAAACCUAUUGACUAAACAUAUAGGCCUAUACAUACCUAAGACAACAGAAUAAGUUUUAUUCUUCAUGCUAGCAGUGGCAAGUACUUUCAAAUGGUACAACAUACAUUAUGAUAAUUAUAAGAGUAAAAUUGGAAGAGAUCCAAAGUUGGAAUGUCUGAACUAGUCAGUAAAACCAACAACGAAACACAAUUCAAAAACCUAAUCAGAAUACACAGGACUUAAACCAUGGAUAUGCUGUAACUGUAACUGUAAGUCGUAAUAAGCAAUAAUAAUAAUAGCAAAAUCAACAGCGUUUAAAAUUAAUUUCAGUAAUAUAAUUUACGUUAACUCAUUAAAUUUUUUAAAAAUUAAUAGUAGUCCAUAAUUCAACUGAUUCUGCGCAAUUCUUUUCUAGCGGUAGCAACCAUAUGCUGCUAAAUUCCCAGUCGACGGCGUAUAAUAUUGAUAAUAACUUGAACUUAGGGCUAUGGAUGUGGGUAGUAGACUGUGUACGACGUUUCCCCUUACAUUAUAUGUCCGAGUCAUUGCUUUAAGUGCAACCGAGAGGAUCCGAAUGACAAGGGCCUAAUAAUAAAUCUGUUGCUUUUCGGAUCCUAUAGGCUAUGCGUUUACUGACUGAUGUGCUUAUAAAAAAAAGCCUUAUUCAAUAUCUUUUUUUUUUUUUAAACUGUGAAACAAACUUAAAUUUAAAUGUUAAGAUUUAACUUAAUAUUAAUAGGCCUACGUUUAAAUUAAUAAUACAAUGACAACGUGAUACGAUAAAAAUGAUUUGAUUUCAUGAAUUGGACAAAAAUCUUGCCCCUCCAUAUAAAGAGAAGAAAAAAAUUUCCUCCACCCCCCACUUUCUACGCCUUUGAGCCAGCUAAAUUAAAUUGAAACUAGUUUUUCCCAAAACAGAAAGGGGAAUUCCCGUGAAAUUUGCAUGAUUUUCCAUGGAAGUGACUUUAUUUUGUCUACGAUAUUCACUGAAUCUUUGUUUAUAGCAAUAAGUUUGGAGUCAUUGUGUAAGGUAGGGUGUGUUAUUUAACCUAUUAUCAUAGUCCAAAAAUUUCAUUUAUUGUUGAAUUAGGAUUUCUAAUUUGAGUUUGAUUUGGGAAACUACCUAAACGUUAUAGCUUAAAACUUAAAUGACAAUAAUAAUAAAUGUCAAUAAAUGAUAUGACUCAAAAUGGGAUAGACUUAAGACUCAUGUCGGCAUUGUCGGCCGGUCUGUCACACAGAACUGAACUGAGAAUGAGAAGAAGAGGAUGCGAUAUUGCGCAUUGUCGACAUUGACAAUGACUAUGACAUUGCUGCUUGCAGUAUUUUCAAUUAUGUUGCCCAAAUUAUUACCGAAUCCGAAAGAAAUAAGUAUAAGGCGCUACCUGCAUAGUUGCAUAGGCUAAGACACACUCACACAUGCCUAGAUUUUAGAUGAAGGCAAUGCUUCAAUGCUUGCUUCAAUGCUUGCUUCAAUGCUUGCUUCAAAAAAAUUUCAUAUUUAUGGUAGACCUAUUUACAAUAAGAAAAGAAUAUUUUAAAAUCCUAAUUAACUGUAAAUGUAAAAAUAAAUAAAAUGUUAGAGUUAAUAUUAAUAUUUGGAAAAAUUGCCUAGGAAUGUUCCCUUUGACUUUAUACUUUAUAAAUAAAUUAAACAUAAAUAAAAAUAAAUGUAUAGGGCAUGCUACAUGACAUAUUAAUAUUGAUAACGUUAGGUUAAAUUAAACAUUUUAAAUCAACUUAAGUCUUAAGAAAAUAAUGUAGGCUUAUUUUAUUAUUAAAUAUUUGCAAUCUCUGAAUUAUAUGCUUUGCAUAUUAAUUUUGCACAAACUUAUAUCUAUUACAUUUACAGUAAAGCCAACCACAUGGACAAUACUACUGCGGUAGGAACAAGUAAACGCAUAAUAAAAGAAUCAGAGGAUGGUGACAGUCCAGGUAAAAUAAUUUCAAUCAUAGUGAAUUUCAAAUAAUAUGAUUUUUAACUCACCUUCUACAAAGUAAAGUGUAUUCCAAAUUCAUUAUUUAAAAUUUAAGAAAACACACAUUUAUAUGAAGGUCCAGUUUUCAAAUUCAUAUUCAUAUUUUAAGUUUAAUUGAUUCUUAAACUCUAAGAUUGUAUGUGGUCUGAAAUAUUAUUUUUAAUUAUGGAUAUAGGCCCAACAGGAUGGAUUAAGAUUUUUUACUUGAGCAUAAAUAAACAAUGAAACUAAUAUCAUUCCAUUUCAAACAAACUUUAAAAAUAAUUUAACUGCCAAAUUUAGUAAUAUAAUAUGCAUUAUUUUGUCUAUUACUACUUACUUAAAUGUUAAAAUAUGCAUUAUUUUGUCUAACAUUUAUGUAAGUCUAGGCCUAUAUGUUUUUAGUUAUUUUAAUUAUUUUAAAUUAAACAUCCAUUCAACAGAUGUAAAAAGGACGAAAAUAGAAUGUACAUUAUCAUUAUACAGCCCACACCCAGCUCUUGCUGAUCAAGGUAAUGGGAUAAAUAUGAAACUCGUUGGUGUACCAGUAGACAGUUUACUACAUGAUGUUUUGCUUUUAGGUCUAUUUUCCACCCAACCCCUCCACAAAAAUAAAAUAACAAAAAUAAACAGUUAAAUAGCACAUAGGAAAACAAAGAUCAAAGUAGUUUUUGAGAGGAAACAAAUUUGAAGUUAGCUUAAGAUUUAUAAAAAAAAUUACACAAAAUAAUCUUUGCACAGUGGUGCAUUUAUAACAUAUUAAUUAAAGAAAGAAUAUACCUAAAAAAGUGUAUCCUAAUAAAAGUAAACCAUUCCUGAAAGAGAGAUUUUUGUUUAAAAAAAAAAAAUAAAUUACAUGUUUAUACCUUAUUUUUAAAAGGGUCUCUAUCAUAAUUGUUUUUGUUUAUUAAAAGGAAAACAUGAAGUUGAAGUUUGUGUUGAGGGCUACGAAGGUUCCAUGUCAUGGAAUGCCUGCCUAAAGAAUCCUGGUCACGCCAAUUUCAUUCUUGCAUCUGAAUUUUCUCUGACUCACCUUCCCGCACAAUAUAGGUAAGUCCUUUUUAUAGAUAUCUUGUUAACAGAUAUACUUCAAAAGACAUAAUCAACAAAUAAUAUCAAGCAUAUAUAUGUACAUAAUAUGUGUAUAUAUAUAGCCUAUUUCUCUCUUUUUAGUUUUGCUUUGCUUUGAACUUUGCUUCCUUAUUUAAUUUUAAGCCAUAUUUUUACAGGAUCAAACUUUCCUGUUCACAUAUUCUCAUGGGUGUGUAAUUUGUCAAAAAAGCUCUUGAUAAAAUAGCUUUGAUUUUAUUUCUAGCAAGUUUUUUACAUUUGAUAACUGAUCGCAAACUACUUUUUUUGCCAUGGGAUUUUACAAGGCUACUUCUCAAAAUGACGGCUAGAAAAGUUUUCAAAAUUUAAUCAUACUUCAUAUUGCACCACUCUGAAGAAAGAAAGAAGAAAUUGGAAAGUUUCUAUCAGCAUUAAGAGAUCAAGAGUUUCUGCAGUACUGAAUGUUAAACAUCACAUGAAAAUUAUAAUAAUUUGCGUGACUCUUGCAGUGAGGAGGAUAAUACUACCUCAGGCCUUAUGCCUCAAUCGUGACUUGAUCGGACUGCUAGUGUUGUAAGUGGUAUAAUUUCACUUUAUUUUUUUACAGGUUACAUUGAGUAAUACAUUUGUUACUUUAAUAGUGCCUAUUAUAAUAAAUUCUAUAUAAAUAAUUAAGACAUAGGUUAGACUAAUUAAGUAACAAUUAAUUCAUUUAUUUUGAUGGGUAGGCCCAACGAGGUGAUUAGUAAUUUACUAUAUAUAGGCCUAUAAUUUAUACACACAGUAAUUGAAGAACAUUCAAGUAUAUCAGUUAUUACUAAUAAUUUAUACAUAAUAAUACUAAUAAUAUAUAAAUUAUAGGCCUAUAUAUAAAUAAUAUUGGCCUAAGCAAAAUACUUCUUUCAGCAAUAUAUUUGUGUAUAGUAUGUAGCCCUAUAGUAUGGCAAUUCUAAUCAAUGUUAAAAAAUAGUUAAAAUAUUGUUAUCCUGUAUCAUAAUGUGGUCUACUUACUGUGAAUUAUUUCACCUGUCAUGAUUUAUGCAAGCAGAAUAAGCCCACUUUUCUGGAGUGCUUGGUAACUUGAACAUAUAAAUUCACAUAUUCUAACUAAUAAGAUAUUUGACAAUGUUUAUGUUUUGUUCAUAUAUAAUUUUCUAUAGAUAUUUUUAAAAUAGGCAUAUGCUUUUGCAAUAAAUACCAUUAAAAAGGAUAUUUCACAGCAUUAAAAAUUAUGUUAGAUCAAUAUCUUUAUAAGGAAAUGUCAAGUAAAAAUAAGUGAUCAAUUUUUAGCCAAAAAAAUGUACAGUAGCUUUACAAUAUUUUCCUUUCAUAUAACUUUAAUUAAAUAUAGACCUAAUAUAAAUAAGAUUAUGAUUAUUAGGAAUUAUCCAAAUAUUCAUUUUAUCAGCUAUCAUUUUAUCUAUAUUAUUCAUUUUUGCAGGAUAGUUUUUAGUCCAAUUUUUAGUCUUAACUUUAUAAAAUCUAUAUGUAGGCCUAUCUUGUAUAAAAUAACAUUUCUGCCUUAUACUUAUAGUUUAAUCAGCCAUUUUUUAUAUUUUUUUAAAUUUAUUUAUUUUAAUUUUACUGUUGUUCAGGUGAAUCAGAUUUGGAUUACCAAAACUAAAAUAAUUUGCAUGACAUAAAUCAUUGUUUGAAAGUUGUGACAAGGUUUCAGACUGCAUAAAAUGCUGUAUGAAAUAGAUGAUGAUGUGAAUCCAGGCUCAUCAUUAAUUUUAAAGGAAGAACAAUAAAUGGUACAUAUUAAGCAUGGCUGCAAACUUUCCCUACAUUAUUAUAGGAGUACACUUACGACAAAACCCCCCCCCCCCCCUCUCCCUAACAAUCGGAUCCUUAUCACGGGGCCCCUAAAAGGUAUGUGUUCCAUUUGUGUUUAGGUUAAUCUGGCACUAUGUCUUGUACACCAAGAGUUAUACAUACUCUUUCCACAUGAAAUGACUUAUGAAAGAACUUAUACUAGAAAAGUCUUAAUAAUUUCCAUUCUACCCGAUCUGUAACUUUUUUAUUCAACCCAUUCAAGCUAUCUUACAAAAAAAAUAAUAAUACGCAAAUAAAAUAAUAAUAAUAAUAAAUAACUUCUAGAGAUACAGACAUUCUAAAGUUUAUCAAGCUGUGGGUGGAGCUGACGGUGAAACUGUCAAUAUGUGCAACAAGCCAGGACCGUACAGUGGCAGACCCAUUCUACAAAUAUCGUGGCAUGCCUUUAAUCCGUUCAGGUAAGUUAACUAUCAAAAUGUAUCUUUUCUGAUAAAUAAAAUGCUUGCAACAAAAAAGAUGUCAAAUAGAUAUUUCCAGUAAAGAUAAUGCAGUGUGUUAGGGGCUAAUACCUAUUAUCGGGUUAAGUAGGUAUACCUGUAUCAGACUAUAAACAAACACAUCAUAGGAUCCAACAUAUGAAUACUCUAUGACUAUGAUGUAUAUGGUAAUAUUCACCUCGCCAUUAAUGACUGUAUACAAAAUAUUUUUCAUGCUCCAUACUAUAUCAAGGAAUCCAGAAUUAUGGUAUCAGUCUGAAUUACGAAUAAAUGAAUAAACUUGAAAUCUGCUGCUUUCAUUGUUAAUUCAGUUAUAGGUUACCUACCACAGACAUUUUGAAAGUUCUUGUACCAUGAUAUCUCUUUUCCACCUCAGAACUCAUUUUCUUUAUGUUUAUUUAUACAAUUCUUCAUGUUUAUUUAUACUUAGAAAUCAUAACAUAUCACAAUAGUUUGUUUUUUUAUUUACGGAUACUACUGAGACACAUUUAACUAUGUUUUUGUAACCAAGGAUUGAUUGACCUGUAUUUGAUAGGUACUGGAAAGGUGACAGAUGUACAGAUUAUUGAAGAUGACAAAUUUCCUUGUCCUUGUUCCCAAUGCAUUUCUUCUAAAGAUCCAUGCACAGUAAGAAAAUCUUCUCAUUACUGCUAGUAAUUAUUCUUUUUUUUUUAAUUUUAAUUAUUAAAUGAAAUUCUGGUACAUUUAGUCAUUUAGUUUAAACCUGAUGAAAAAAAUAUUACUAAAAAAAAUAAUAUGUUUUUUUAGAAAGUGACAUGAUUACACAUUUCAACAAUCUAACAAAAAAAUACACAUGCUUAUGUCAUUUAAAUUAAACAUUUAACCUAUUUAAAAAAAUAAUAAAAAUAAUAAUAAAUAGUUCUCAGCUAACGAUGACAUUUGCUAUGUGUUGAUAUCAAAAAAAAUUUUUUAUUCCAGAAAUGGGCAGCCAUCUGGGUAAUGACCGCCCUGCAUGUUGUAUUUGAUGACAUCGAGGUGGAGAAAACAUCAGCUAUCUUCCACUAUGACAACGAGGACUUAACAACCAAAAAGAACAUGACAACCCUCUAUGGAUGCCGUGUUGUCGACUCCAACCGUCAUGGGGAUUGGUGUAAAUUUGAAUGCGCCACCCACGAUCUGGAAUUUGCUACGCAAAUUAACAAUGCUCUAACGCCAUUGAUGGGUCUAGCAGAGAUGAUUCAAGAAAGAUACCGCGAUGAUGUCAAUAUCAACAUGGCCAUUAUAGCCUCUCACCCACACGGCUGUGCAAAGUAUGUGACUGUGGGAGAAUGGAGGGAGAUGGAAACUUUUGAGAACAAGAAGGAAAAUCUGGCUUGGACAACAUACACCUACUCGACAGGAACAUGCAAGGGGAGCAGUGGUGCCCCUGUGUGGAUACUGGGGCCUGAUCGCAGCAACCUGUAUGCUUACUACAGUCACGUGCAUUCCGAGGGAGGGGACCACACCAAAGGGGAGCCAAAUAAAAGUGGAGCUGGUGAUGUCAGCAAGAAAUGGGACUGGGGAGAAGAUGCUUAGAUUUCAAUGUGGUAUUAAGUUUUAAUCUGAAACGAUUACCCUGAUGCACUUCCAUUUGAUGUGGGUUCUUAAAGUGUGCCCACUUAAUGUUUUUAAAGGUUACAUAAAGUGUUGUUUUUUUUUUUUACUACUUGCAUAAUAUACUUAAUGUGUAAAUCUACCUACUCAAUGUGGGUGUACUUGGUGUACAUGGGUAUUAAAACAAUUAAGCAUUAAUUAGUGAAAUUACAGAAGUUAGGAUAAAAUUGUUUAAUGUGUUGUUUGCACUAUAAUCUACAAUGGUCCUAUGAUUUUUAACAAAAUAUGCAAUCGUACUUUGGUAUCAUCAUCUAGACCCGCGUUUCCCAAACAUUUAAUUUUGGCAUACUGGUUGAAAUUUUUCCAAACAAAUGUUUACAUGAAUGGGGGUAGCAAACUUAAUUCCGUCUUUUAGUCCCUUGUAAAUUCAUCAGAGAUGCAUGUCAUUGUAUGUGUGCCUUAUAUUUUGUGUAUUUAUUUUCUGUUAAAUUUAAAAGGUAGCAGUAUGCAGUACUUGCAACUUUCUGGUAUAAUAUUAUUUAUUAUUAUAUAUAUGAGAAAAUAUGUCUGGUUAUAUCACAUCCAUUUCUAAAUAGCUUAAUGGGUCAAACUUAGGAUACAUAGUUAAAACAUUUCAUUUUAUAAAGGAAAUGCUGACGGGGCUUAAAUUUAAAAAAAAAAAUAACCUGUUCAGAGCUGGGGGCCCAAAUUUCAUUUUUUUCUUAUAGGUGCUACAUAAAUAAAAUUAAUGGCUGAAUCUAGAUUCAUCUUGGUACAAAUGCACUUGAAAAUUUAUGUUACAAAAUAUUAAGUGUGGUCGGUCCCAGGGGCCCUAAUUUCAUUUUCCUUUCAUGUCUGACUUUUUUUAAACUGACUUUAAUUGGAACGACUUCUAAAAUCUAACUCUACUAUUUAUCUGAAGAAAAUGUUUAGGGCCCUGUCUUGGUGUUUAUUAAAACAGCACCUUAUUGAACCAGUUCCCAAGGGGAGCGUUAUUUCAAAAUUAAAGUAAAACAUCUUGAGGGUUGGAUUUUUUUGUAGAUAUUUUUAGUAUUGAAAUAUCUUUGACAUAGGAUAAAGAUUUCUUAACAGUUAUUUGAAGGCCUUAGAAAAGUAUAGAAUUUUACAUCAGUUUUUAUAUUGUUCUACAUAGAUGUAAAGAAAAUGGAAAUAACGAUGUGAUCUCAUGCUAAAAGUUUGUGGAAAUUUUAGUUAAGUUUUAUAGAUUUCUAAACUUUCUAAACUUUCCCUCAAAUGUAAUGAAAUUAGAUUAAAAGAUAUUUUUGAAGUUUCCAAAAAGUUCCAAAUGAGAAUAGGAGUUUCUACAAUGUAUUUUCUUUAUAACUGCCAAAGCAGUAGACCAGAGCCCAGGUUACAAUGUAAAUUGUUGCAUCUAGGUAUAACUUGCAUAACGUACCUUACAUAUCUUUUAAAAUAUCAUUGGAUUUCAAAUUAA